GCGGCUCUUUCUCCCCCUCCUCCUCCUCCUCCUCCUCCUCCUCCUCUUCUGUCGAGCCUCGCAGCCUCCGGACAGCGCCGCCGCUCCCGUCCGUCAGUCCCCCGAGGGCCCGAGCCAGGAGUCCAGGAGUCCCCGGACGAAGAGCGCGCUUCUGUGCCAGUGGCGAUGGUGAUUGACAGAUGAUCUGACAGAGGAAGACAUCAGCAGACGCCGUCUCCGUGCUGGUUAUUAUGGGGUGUGCCUGUUGCAAGCAGAAGAAGUCUGCCAAAGCCAUAGCAGCAACAUCAGCAGCAGACGUUACCGAUCUGUCUCCUAGCAACGCAGAUGGAGGAUUGUCUGCGGCCUUGACUCAGGGCCGGUACUGUCCCGACCCCACUCAGACCAUCCCAGACUUCAACAAGGGCUUCUCGUCCCCCAUCUUCCCUGGCACCAGCACAAACCCGCGUCCGGGGGGCUUAACAAGCGGCGGAGUCACUCUCUUCAUAGCGCUGUAUGACUACGACGCUCGCACCGAAGAUGACCUUAAUUUCAAGAAAGGAGAGAAAUUUCAAAUCAUCAACAACACAGAGGGCGACUGGUGGGAAGCUCGCUCUCUGGACACCGGCAAGUCAGGUUACAUCCCGUCCAACUACGUAGCCCCUGUUGACUCCAUACAGGCCGAGGAGUGGUAUUUCGGGAAGAUGGGGAGAAAGGAUGCAGAGCGACAGCUGCUGGGUCACAGCAACCAGAGAGGAACUUUCCUCAUACGAGAGAGCGAGACCACAAAGGGCGCUUACUCUCUCUCCAUCCGUGACUGGGACGACAACAAGGGAGACCACGUCAAGCAUUAUAAGAUUCGUAAACUAGACAACGGUGGCUACUACAUCACCACCAGAUCGCAGUUUGACACUGUGCAGCAGCUGGUGGAGCACUACACAGAGAGAGCGGCGGGACUGUGCUGCCGUUUGAUUGGCAGCUGUAAGCGGGGCAUGCCUAAGCUGGCUGACUUAUCAGUGAAGACCAAGGAUAUGUGGGAGAUUCCCCGUGAAUCUCUACAGCUGAUUAAGAAACUGGGCAACGGCCAGUUCGGAGAAGUCUGGAUGGGCAUGUGGAACGGCACCACCAAGGUAGCGGUGAAAACUCUGAAGCCAGGAACCAUGUCCCCCGAGGCCUUCCUUGAGGAGGCUCAGAUCAUGAAGAGGCUCCGCCAUGACAAGCUGGUGCAGCUCUACGCCGUUGUGUCUGAGGAGCCCAUUUACAUUAUCACUGAGUUCAUGAGCCAAGGAAGUUUGCUGGACUUCUUAAAAGACGGAGAGGGACAGAGCCUGAAACUGCCUCAGCUGGUGGACAUGGCGGCACAGAUAGCAGCUGGAAUGGCGUACAUCGAGAGGAUGAACUACAUCCAUCGUGACCUGCGUGCAGCUAACAUCCUUGUUGGAGACAAUCUCGUGUGCAAGAUCGCUGACUUCGGCCUGGCGAGGCUCAUUGAGGACAACGAAUACACAGCCAGACAAGGGGCGAAGUUCCCAAUCAAGUGGACGGCUCCAGAAGCCGCUCUGUACGGACGUUUCACCAUCAAGUCGGAUGUGUGGAGCUUCGGCAUCCUGCUAACUGAACUCAUCACUAAGGGACGUGUGCCGUAUCCAGGCAUGAACAACCGUGAGGUGCUGGAGCAGGUGGAGAGGGGCUACCGGAUGCCCUGUGCCCCGGGCUGCCCCGCCUCGCUCCAUGAACUGAUGCUACAGUGCUGGAGGCGGGAGGCCGACGAGAGGCACACCUUUGAGUACCUGCAGUCCUUCCUGGAGGAUUAUUUCACUGCCACAGAGCCGCAGUACCAGCCCGGAGAAAACCUGUGACCACACACGUGCGGGACAGACACGGAGCAACAGAUGGACGAGCACGGACACAUGCAUACAAAUCCUUUGACUGGCUUGGUGUCGUAGAUUCACCCACUUUCAGUGUAUUUCAUGCUGUCAUUCUCAUACAGAAAACACACACACACACACAUCAGACACGUACAUAAAGCAUUGUAUGAUUAGUUGUUUGAAGGCAGUUUGCCGUCUUUGGUCGGCGAUUGCUGCAGCCUGUUGAGGACAGAUCCACUAACCUCGCUGUAGAGCGGAGUCGGAGCUCCUCUGGUCAGGCCUUGCAGUAAUGUUGCUUUACUCUGUAACCAUGACAACAAAGAACUGAAAGAAGAUGUAGAUGGUUGUGCUCGGGUGGGGGGAAGUUGAGUCGUUACAUGAUUUCUUCAGCUGCCAUAUAUGUUCAGGUCCUUUUUGAUUCCCCUUUUUUUUUUUUUUUUGAGAGGAACGUUCUAGCAGGAUGACUGUUUACCUGAGAUGAAUACGCCGAUACUAAAUGGCUUGCGGGUGCAACAGGGUAUCAGACAGGAUUUUAAGUGCAGCCUUU